GAAUAGAUGAUUUUUUUUCAUUAAAAUCAUUAAAAAUUUCAUCCAAAUCAAUAUCAUCAAAAUUAUCAUCAUUAUUAUUAUUGAUCAUUUUUAGAAAAACAAAAACUAAAAAAAAAAAAAAUUAGAAAUUCAUGAUGUCGAAUAAAAAUAUUCUUAUUUCAUACGUUGAAAACUAUUGAACUAACAUAUAAAUUAAAUUCAAUAUUUCAAACAAACGUUUACUUAUUGAAGGAUAUGUAUAUACGAAUUAAAUACAUAUCGAUCAAAGGUCCAAGCAGGCCCACUUUUUAAAGGUCUGACCUGCCUGUGACAGGCCUACAGAUAUUUAGCCUGCCUGCGCCUGCCAUAAAAUUUCUUCGGCCUGGCCUGCCUGUCUAGGCCUGUCUACUUUUCUUUGGGUUUAAUAUCAUGAUAAUAAUAAAAUAUAUUCAACUGUUAAUCUUUAUAGGAAGUUCAACAUGUCAGUUGAAUGACUUUAGAUGAUCCAAAUGGAAAUUCUCUAAUGUGAACAUCAAAGAAAAUAAUUAAAAGUGCUUAAUAUAUAGAAGUAUUCUUUUCUUGCGUUUCCAUUAUAUCACGUGAGGUUAAGAUCAGGAAAAAUGUUAACUUCAGAAAGUUUAUUAUAGCAAAAGGUAUUUAUGUUUCACGAAAAGAAGACUUCAACCCAAAAGUAAUCGAUUUUGAAGAGAAACGCUCAGCAUGAGUCUGGGUUGUUCUCUAUAAUGAGAUGCUAUUGUUGUUGGGAUGUCGAAAGUGUAAGGUUUUACCCGGCAUUUAAUAUAUGUACAUUGCAAAGUGUCAGUAUGGUGAAAAAUAAAAGAAUAGAAAGGCAUUUCUCUUGACGAAAACAAUCAGUUUUUUGUUGCAAAGAAUUUUAUAAAAAUCCAAAAGAUAAAAUGUCCCUCCUAUUAAUACAUGCAAGAGAAUUCGUAUGCAACGAUAACGAAAACUGAAGCAGAAAAGGAUGGUUCAGCAUCAACUGAGCUAGCUAGGGUUCAAAAUGAAUGGAAAAAAAAUAAUGAAAAAUAUCGAGGAGCGGUCCAUACUUGAUAAGAUGAUUAAACAAAUACAAUCCGAAUAAGAACAUAAUCAACACAAACAAGAUCAUGCUCAGGUUUUUAUUGAUAUUUAUACGCAUUCCUAUAUUAGUAGAGUUCAUUUUAUUUUUUAAAUUAAUUUAAUUAUUGUUUACAUCUAUUUAUCAUUGAACUUUUUUUUUCUGAAUAGUACAUUGAACAGGGCUGGCCCGAUAGGGGGUUUUGGGGAUUGUGACAACCUCCCCCCAAUAAUCGAGAAUUUUGGUUUUCACCCAGCAAAAAUGAAUUUUUUUUCGCGAGUAGUGUUAGAAAAAAGUUUUAUUCGCAUUAAAAAUAUCCGAAACAACCUCCCAAAAAAUCGCGACAAUCCCCCAAUGUUUGCUGACUCGGGCCAGCCCUGGCAUUGAAAAAGUAGAGAUGCAAACAGAUUAUUCUUAUCGUUUCAAAAUCUACACUAUAAUUGUCUCUAUUUGCUUAAAUAAAAGAGUUAACAUAGUUUAUCUUUAAUUAAGUAGAAAUAAUAAUAAAAAAAAAUAAUCUAUUGAUUGAUAUUCAAUAAGAUUUAUUGAAACAAGAUAGGGGCUUGUCUUCUGCAAGGAAACCAUUGAAUCAGUGUUUUAUCCAGGAAUUUUAGGUAUGUUGGAUCUCAGCUUCGGAGCAUGGGACCUAGAUGAAACUUAUCUAGGGUCAUAUUGGAGCUAAAUCAUGAGAUUUUAUGAAAAAACUUUUGUUAUUGGAGUUUGCGAAAAAAAAAAUACUUUUUUUGCUUGCCCUCCUCUCCCCCGGGAAAUAUUUUAAACCUUUUAGAAUUUCAUAGUAAGCUACGUCAAAUUUCAUCGAAAAAUAAGCAUCCGUUCAGGAGUUAUAACGUUUUGAAAGUUUUUCAAAUGUUGCAAAAGUUUUAGCGAAGUCUCAAAACGUUAUAACUCCUGAAUGGAUUCUUAUUUUUCGAUGAAAUUUGAAGUCUGUCAAUGAAAUUCCAUGUAGCUUACUAUGAAAUUCUAAAAGCUGGAAUACUACAAAAGGUUCAAAAAAAUUUCCCCGGGGGGAGGGGGGGCAAGCAAAAAAGUCUUUUUUUUUUGCAAACUCCAAUCGCAAAAUUUUUUUCAUAAAACCUCAUCAUUUACCUCCAAUAUGACCCUCCAUAAGUUUCAUCUAGGUCCCAUGCUCCGAAGCUGAGAUCUAACACACCGAGAAAUCCUGGAUAAAACACUGCACUGAAUAAUGUAGUUGAUCAGAAUUGAAAAAAAAACAAAACCGUAAUUUUGACAGUGAUCUAUCAUCUUUAAUCAAAACCUAUAGAAGUUACUUUUAUUUCGAAAUCAGUUCGUUUUUUUUUAUUGAAGAACAACUUUGAUGAUUGAUCAAAUUGAUAGUUUAACUAAUUUAAAUGAAAAUGUGAUCGUCUUCUACGAGAAGAAGUUUUUUGUUUCAAAUCGAAGCAAAAGAAAAGUUUUCGAAACUGAUAAGUUGAUUAUAUUUCGAAAUUAUAUUUAUCGAAGAAAAUCUUCGAUAAAAUAUUUAUUUUUAUUUUAAUAUUUGUUUUUUAGGUGCAUACUUAUGUAACUCUUUAUGUAAAAGAUGUGUCUGUAACUCGAUUUGAACCUGGUUAUCAUUUAACUGUAACAGGUCUUUUACCACAUGAACAAUGUUCAUCAGUAUUCAACAUUGUUUUAAAUCGUACAAAUGAUAGUAAAAUAGUUCUUAAAUCAAAAGAACGUCUUAUAUUUCAUGUUGGUUUUCGUCGUUUUGCAUGUUCACCCAUUUAUUCUCAACAUUCAAAUGGAAAUAAACAUAAAUUUGAAAGAUUUUUUCGUCCUCGACAAACUCUUGUUGCAACAUGUUUUGGUCCAAUAACAUAUUCACCUACAUCAGUUUUAGCAUUUAAACAAUAUCCGGAUGGUCAUCAAGAAUUAGUAGCAACUGAUUCUCUUCUAUCAGUUAAUCCUGAUCGUAUUAUAUUAAAAAGAAUAGUAUUAAGUGGACAUCCAUUUAAAAUUCAUAAAAGAUCAGCUGUUAUUCGAUAUAUGUUUUUUAAUCCUGAGGAUGUUAAUUGGUUUAAACCAAUUGAAUUACGUACACGAUGGGGUCGACGAGGGCAUAUUAAAGAAUCACUUGGUACACAUGGUCAUAUGAACACAGAACCACAUAAAAGUCUAUGGACUUCCUUUUUAAAACCAUUGUAA